CAAGACAAAUGGCCUCCCCACGCCUGGGAAUCUUCUGCUGCCCUACGAGGGACGCAGCCACACAGCUGGUGCUGAGCUUCCAACCGCGGGUGUUCCACGCGCUGUGCCUGGGCAGCGGGGCUCUCCGCCUGGUGCUUGGCCUCCUGCAGCUCCUGCCAGGGCGCAGAUCUGUUGGUCACAGGGCGCCUGCGACAACCCCACCGGCCUCAGUCCACAUUCUCCGCGCUGCCACCGCCUGCGACUUUCUUGGCUGCCUGGGAAUCGUUACCAGGUCCACGGUGUGGGUCGCCUACCCAGAUUUCAUUGAAAACAUCUCCAAUGUGAACGGAACAGACAUUUGGCCUGCUGCUUUCUGUGUAGGGAGUGCGAUGUGGAUCCAGCUGUUGUAUGGUGCCUGCCUCUGGUGGCUCUUCUGCUAUGCAGUUGAUGUGUACUUGGUGAUCAGGAGAUCUGCCGGACUGAGCACCAUCCUGCUAUACCACAUCAUGGCCUGGGGCCUGGCUGUGCUGCUUUGUGUGGAGGGGGCAGUCAUGCUUUACUACCCUUCUGUGUCCAGGUGUGAGAGGGGCCUGGACCAUGCUAUCCCUCAUUAUGUCACCACAUACUUGCCACUACUGCUUGUCCUUGUGGCCAACCCUAUCCUGUUUCACAAGACAGUGACUGCAGUGGCCUCUUUACUGAAAGGAAGAAAAGGUGUUUACACAGAGAAUGAGAGACUGAUGGGAGCCGUGAUCAAGACCCGGUUUUUCAAAAUAAUGCUGGUGUUAAUUGCGUGUUGGUUGUCCAAUAUCAUCAAUGAAAGUCUUUUGUUCUACCUUGAAAUGCAACCAGAUAUCCGUGGGGGCUCUCUGAAACACAUCCAGAAUGCAGCCAGGACCACAUGGUUUAUUAUGGGAAUACUGAAUCCAGCCCAAGGACUUCUCUUGUCUCUAGCCUUCUAUGGCUGGACAGGAUGCAACCUGGAUGUCCACCCUCCCAAGAUGGUGAUUCAGUGGGAAGCAAUGACUGCUUCAGCUGCCGAGGGCACAUACCAGUCCCCUGUGGGCUCCUGCGUGCCCCAUGAAAACCCCAGGAAGGUGGUGUGUGUUGGAGGGCACACUUCUGAUGAGGUGCUGAGCAUUCUGUCUGAAGGUUCUGAUGCCAGCACUGUUGAAAUCCAUACUGCAACUGGGACCCGAAACAUAAAGGAAGUUGACUCCAUUUCCCAAGCUCAGGGGGACCUCUGAGGGGAUGGGGUAGGGGUCCGACACCCCUACUUUUCAGGCUCUGUGUCUCAUCGUUUUGGAUUGUAUUCCUGCCUUCCUUCCUUUCACAGUGCUGCCACAAUGUAGCAUCCUCCAAAUCCUACUCUGGUCACCACAAUGGAGUUCCCUGAAGAUGCGCUUUACGCUAGGACAAGCAACACACCAGAACUUGGAAAUGAAAAUUCCUUCCAGAACAUUCAGUGUCACCUCUUGGCUCUUAAUAACCAUUUGGACUUUUUC